UUAAACAUUUUAUUCUUUUUGAUUUCAGACACGAAUGCAGAGCCUACAGCCAGAUCCUGCUGCCCGGUAUAGGAAUGUAAUGGAUGCGUUGAAGAGGAUUGUCCGCACUGAAGGAUUUUGGAGGCCAAUGAGGGGAUUAAAUGUGACUGCCACUGGUGCAGGGCCAGCACAUGCCCUCUACUUUGCGUGCUAUGAAAAAAUUAAAAAGACACUGAGUGAUACCAUCCAUCCAGGUGGCAAUAGUCACAUAGCUAAUGGUGCAGCAGGAUGUGUGGCGACUUUGUUUCAUGAUGCGGCCAUGAACCCUGCUGAAGUGGUGAAGCAAAGGAUGCAAAUGUACAACUCUCCCUACAAACGAGUCUUGGACUGCAUGAGGACAGUGUGGAAAACUGAAGGGGCUGGAGCAUUCUAUCGGAGCUACACCACCCAACUGACUAUGAACAUCCCCUUCCAAGCUGUUCAUUUCAUGACUUAUGAGUUCCUGCAGGAGAAAUUGAACCCGCACAGACAAUACAACCCCUCCUCACAUGUUCUCUCUGGGGCUAUGGCCGGGGCUGUCUCAGCAGCGGUAACAACACCACUGGACGUUUGCAAAACACUACUAAACACGCAGGAAUCCCUGGCUCUAAACUCCCUCAACAUCAGUGGACAUCUUUCUGGCAUGGCAAAUGCCUUCAGGACGGUUUACCGGCUGGGUGGUAUCCCAGCAUAUUUUAAGGGAGUUCAGGCCAGAGUUAUCUAUCAGAUGCCAUCCACAGCUAUUGCCUGGUCUGUGUAUGAGUUCUUCAAGUACUUCAUUAGCAAACACCACCGUGAGAGGAGGUCAACUUACUGAAAUUCAAUAAGCCAGCACUGAUGCCAUAGAAACUUAUUUGAACUGCAAUACUCCUAUAUUUCCGUUGCAUCCUUUUUUAAUAGAAUCUGGUAGUAGUUCUGAUCCACUCUGCACUCAGUUGAAUAAAAUUAUCACCAUGUCUCCUGACUACAUUAGGUCAAACCAAAGUUUGUGUAUUUACUGUAACAUCUAAAAUGACAGGUAGACUUGGCCGUUGUCGACAAGGAAAACGCACAGGUAUUUGCUGGCACAACAUGUGUUGGGCACUUUUGGAAGCCUAACCUUUGUUUUAAGAUUUUUCCUUUUGGAUACUUUUUUUCCUCCCCAUUCUCUUCAGUUUGCUGGGCUGGUUUAAAUGUUUUUAAAAAGCACAUACAGGUUUACAUGUUUAGCAAAAGUGUCAGCUAUUGCAUUAAUGUAUGUGUACUGUAUCAUCAGUAGUUGAGAAUACUUAAACCACUGCCAAGGUAGGCAUCAAAUUGCUUCGCACAGAAGGCAAAUACUGUUUGAUUUUAAAACUGUAUUUCUCUGCACCCUUUGUAUUGCAUCAAGCUUUUUCAUGCCUACAUUUGCAUCAGCAAUGUACUUAAAGAACUGAAUUGUAGCCCUUUAUAUUCACUGGAAUAUUAUUCUGGAAUUAUUUUAUCCAGCUAAGUUCUUUGAUGUAGAAAAAAGGGUUUUCACAAGGAAGAUGAUUAAACAAAAAGACAAGAAA